AAAACCAUUCAUUUGGUACAAAAACAUGGACAAGCCCUACUUCGCAAGAAAUUUCAAAUGUUGGCCGGACGCCCUUACCAUUUCCCCAACCACUUGAUCGAGAAAUGUUUACUGCUUCUGACUUCGACAGUGAUACCUUCUUGGCAAAUAGGCGUCACGUUACCCUAGAUGAAUUGAAGAAAGAGCUAACGGCACAUUUAAAAAGUCUUAAAAGCGAGCUAGUGGAAAUGAUAAAUAGAGAUUACGCGAGUUUUAUAGAUCUUUCAACAAACUUGAAGGGUGUUGACAAAGUUAUCGAAGAAGUAGCAAGGCCAUUAGGGAAAAUGAGAGAAGAGGUUCAGGGUGUUCGCACAACGCUUCAGGGUGUGAUUGAUUCAUUGGAAAGCCAGUUAUCUCAUAGAGCAUCCAUUCGAGAGAAGAAGGCGGCUUUACAAUUACUUAUAAAUAUUCACGAAUCAGUUCGCAAAGUUGAAAAUUUGUUAUUGAUUAGUGGGGAUAACGCGUCAGCAACUGCAUCUGGAGAUAAAAGCGGGAGCAAUGUGAAGCAAAUUGAGCGAGUGGCCAUUGAGUAUAAUCAGAUGCAAUACCUGGUUAAUAGGGGAAAAGAUUUACCCUUCGUGGAAAAUAUCGAUUGGCGCAUCACUAGAAUCAAAGAUACACUUCGCAUUAAUUUAUCAUCCGCUCUUCGUCUAGCUUUGUUGACAAUAAAAGAUCAGUCAAGCACG